CGCCCCUUUGCCUGCCUGCUGCGGACGGAGCUCUAGUACACACUACGGCGAGGAACAUGGCGCCGCCGCCCGAACCCCGGCGCCCGUACAAGCGCCCGGCCAUCUCCGACCAGCAGCGCCGCCGCGAGCUCGCCCUCCAGGCGCAGUCCUCCCGGCGUGCCGACGCCCAGGCGCGCGCCCGCGCCCUCGCCAGCUCCCUCCUCACCACCCCGACCCCUCCUGCGGCCGCCCAUCGCCACGAAGAGGAGGACGAGCAUGAGGAGGAGGAGCAGGAGCACACCGUCGCCGACGUCGCUGCGGUCGCAUCCAAGCUCCGCGGCUCCGAAGCGCGCCGGUGGUUCGCUCGCCAGAUCAUGCUCCCGGAGUGGAUGGUCGACGCCCCGCCCCACCUUGCCAGCGACUGGCAUGUUUUUGCCAGGCCUUCUGGGAAACGAUGCUUGGUUGUGUCUUCCAAUGGCAUGACAAUUAGCAGGGCGCGAAACGGAUCAAUCCUUCACCGGUUCCCUUCUGCUCUACCAAAUGGAUCAAAGAGAGACAUAUCUGGCCCAGCAAGCUCCUACUCCAUACUCGAUUGCAUUUUUCAUGAGCCUGAUCAAACAUACUAUAUCAUUGACAUGAUUUGUUGGCGUGGCUAUUCACUGUAUGAUUGCACUGCCGAGUUCAGGUUUUUUUGGGUAAACUCUAAGCUCACAGAAACUUCAGCUGGUGAUCCUCCAUCAACAUACCAUCGAUAUAGAUUCAGUGCUGUCCCAAUAUAUGAGUGCACUCUUGAGGGUCUUCAAGCAGCUUACUCUGGGAGCACACCUUAUGUCAAAGAUGGCUUGCUGUUUUACAACAAGCAUGCACAUUAUCAAGCUGGCAUCACACCCCUUACACUAGUAUGGAAAGAUGAAACUUGUAGCCAAUAUGUUAUUGAUACUGACGGCAAAGGAGAAAUUCCAAAUGAGCAGCACCUUGUGUUGGAAUUGCAAGAGGAUGGAAAGCUAGUAACAUCUGACGACCCUCCAGUCGUGUUUGGUAGCUUGGACAACGAAUUCAUACAGAAGUCAAACCUGCGAGCAGGGAAUCUUCUCCGCUUUGCUGUAAGAGACGAGAGUGUGAAACUUGUUGAUGGAAAGAUGCAGAUUGGUGAGCUGCAGUUUGUUGGAAAGCCAAAUCGUGCUCGUGCUUUCGCUGACAGCCAUUCGAAAGCUUUGUUCCAGUAUGCUGCAAGGCGUGCUCCUCUGAGAAUUGAUGAUCUGGUUGCUUCCAUUCAAUCAAACAAUAUGGAACUUGAAUCCACAGAUGUUGAAAUGCAAGAUUAAAGAUUGGGCUUUGUUAUCACUAAUGCAACAGAUGAAUGCCAAUACAAAGCUAGAGUGAAGGGGCUGCAAAAGGUUGCAUAUCCGUAAUUCAUAAGAUAUCAGCAAAUGUAGUGAUUGUCUGAAACCCGUGGUUUUCAGGGAGUGGCGCGUUCCAGGUCUGAUAGAUAUUAGUACCUCAAGACCUGCAAAAGGAAAGGGGGUUAAACAGUGUAGCACGAGUUUGUGGAGUGAACAUUGAUUUGACAUCUACAUGGGAUGCACUGUGUAAUGCAAUUCAACUUGUGAAGUAUGUUCGUCCUGAGUUUGCAAUCUAUGACAUUCUGAUAGCCGAAAAAUGCUCA